AUGGCAAAAGUUUAGUUUCAUAUCAUUUGAUCAGGACUUUUGUUAGUGAGGCUUUUCCUCAGAAAAUUGGUCAAAUUUUUUUCCUCGUGAGACAUUUCUUUAGAAUAAGCUUCAAAUUUUGAUCAAAUGCCUUAUUUCGACCAAAUGCUCCCGGGUAAGUCCAUCUGAAAAACUAUGCACCCAAAGUUCACUUGUCUCGCAGUUUCAGUGUUUUGCACAAAGGUGAAAACGUAAGCGAAGUUCAAAAAUCUCAAAUUCUUUUAAACAGAUGAAGACUUUUUCGACUUGGCUCUGCAGUUCUCUCUGCAAUUUCAGUUUUUCCAGCCGGAACAGAUUACGAAAUGAGGUUUUCUGAAAGCAGAAAUGCCACAAACUGCCACCUUGAUCCUGACCACAGUGUAUCUCCCAGAAUAAUAGUGAUGAUACUUUGCAUAGUUUCAGUCCUCUUAUUAAUUCCUUAUCGCAUUUAUUACAUUAAAUGACGGCAGCACAUGCCUUCUACCUAUCGAGAACUCCCAAGCCUGGGAAAAGUGAGCUUAUCAAAGAUUUCAAAAAUGAGAAAAAAAGCCACAUGAAGAGAUUACCUAGGAGGAGACACAAUUUUCGCUUUUUGUGUUAACGUUAUUUUCCCUUAUCCAUGGCUGGAUGCAACUUUUACGAUUCACCAGCAAAUUUUGUAUAAAGAAGUUUAUAUUUGUUAUUUCUGGGCUGAGCUAUUCUAUGCAUGCAUGUUUUUCAGGUGGGCAUUUCUAAUUUUUGUGGUUUUUAAUUAUGGGAGUUAUCAGAAUCCUAUUGCUAUGAGAUAUUGUGAAAAAUAUGAUGUCCCUCUUAAUCCUCAUUUUUCGCUGAAGUGCUAUGUGAAUCAGCAUCCAAUGGCAAUGCUAUUUAUUUUCUUGCUAUUUCCUGGAACUUUGAUAUUUGCGUCAACGAUGAGGGUUUUUGAAAGACCUGUGAGAAAUCCUAUAACUGAUUUUGAUUACCCAGGAAAUGCUGUUUGAAAUGUGGUUGUUACUAUUUUUACAAUAGGGUAUGGAGACUUUUUCCCAAUUACGAAUUUGGGAAGAAUUACAAUAGCUUUAAGUGCGUUUUUAGGGAGUAUCAUUUUAUCUUUUUUAUUUGUCACGCUCACAAAGGUGUUCACGCUUACGAAAAAUGAAGAAAAAACAUUAAAAGGAAUUUUGGUAAGUGACUCUGCUGCAGCAACUAUAAGGCGUGCCUUAACUUAUACUAAAACCAGGUUCAGCAACCCAGAAGAAAGGGUGAAUGCGUGGGAUUCGGUGCAAUCUCAAACACGUUCAUUUAAUAGAGUAAGAGAAGAGUUUGGAUGUGAAGAGGACGAAAAUGAGGCCAAAAUUUGUGAGCUUUCUAAUAGAGUGUCAAGGGUGGAAACAGAUCUUACACAAAUUAAAAACUCCCUCACAGCACUCGCAAAUAAAAUUGAUAACAUGAAUAACAGUUAA